AUGACAAAGCAUUUGCAUGAUCAUCAUAAAAUUUGUUCAAGGCGAAAGUACCAAGAUAUAUCACAAAUGAUGAGUGUGGGGAUGCAGAAACAAGAUUCAAAAAGGACACUAAGCACUUACAAUUUUGAUCAAGAGGCAGGGAGAAAGGACCUUGCUAAUAUGAUUAUUCUUCUGGAUUAUCCUUUAAGCAUGGUUGAUCAUAUGGGGUUUAGAAGAUUCUACAACACUAUUCAACUCUCGUUCAAGGUUGUUUCUAGGAGGAUUAUUAGGAAUGACAUUAGGAAGAUUUAUGAUGUUGAAAAUGAAAAGUCCAUGAAAUUGUUAAACAAGAAUCAGAGUAGAAUUGCCAUCGCUUCUGAUUUGUGGACUGCCAGCAAUUAG